AUGACCGGGAAUAUACGUGCUAAUAAAAAUCCAAUCCUCCUUCUAAUGCUAUCACGAACAAGAUGUGGCAUCCUGCGUAUCCCUAGUCUAUCGUUCUUGAUCGGUACUCGGUCAGCAUCGGGCGUAGACUCGGCCACGGAAGUGACGCACACUGGCCAGAAAUUCUCUCUUAAUGAUCCCAGGGCUGCCCGUUUCACGCAAAGUAGAAAAUUGGUAGACCCUCACUUCCCCCAAGAUCUCAUUGCCGAAGUCCCCCCUAUUGCAUGCAAGGAUCGCAUUGCCAGCUGUGAUGGGGGCGGAGGCGCUUUGGGACACCCCAUAGUCUACAUCAACCUGGCAAGUGCUGUGUCAUUUUGUCGCUGUUCGGUUAGCGAUUAUUUUUACACGUGAGCUCU